CAUUUAAUUUGUUUAUCACGUCACUGCUGGAAACAAUGUGACGCCAUUUUCUGUACUGGGCGUGAGUAGGGUGUUUUUCUAUAGGGUCUGUGCAAGAGAUUGUUGUUACAAACAGACGCUGAAGCAGUCUGAAGGUUUAAGGUUAUAUAUAAGGGUUAUACAGCCUAUAAAAUACACACUGCAUGCAAGUAGUAGCAUGGUUUAGCACUUAAAAAGAAAAGAAGCCUGAAUGAAGACGUCAAGACGUUAUUGAAAAUUGAUUGCUUUUAGUGUUGCUGAAUUUGAUCCUUUUCCCGAAUCUCAGGAAAAAUGGAAGGCUUAUGGAUCCUUCUUUUAUCUGUUCAUUUUAUGUACUACUGUGCUGCGACUAAUACCUAUAAUGAAGAACUGAUGUACGGCCAAACCCUUAGUAUCAGGUUGCCAGAUGAAGCUGCGAGUUUGGAGUGGAUCUCUGCGGAUGGGUCACGGAUAGACGUUCUUUGGUCCAAAGUUUCCAUAACUAAAAGGGGAACAGUAUUGGGAAGUAACAGUGAUAAAAGAUUUGUAAUUCGUUCCGUCACAUAUGAUGAUCAAGGAAAAUACACUCUAAUAAACUUUUGGCACCACAAGACUUCCAUCCAUUUAUUAAAGGUUGUUGCUAAAAGAAGUAUCCAGAAUUGUGUGGCUGGAGAGUCCUUAAACAUUUAUCUGGAUGGUCUUCCGACGGUUGAUGCCACGCUACAAUUUUCUAGUCAAGAUUUAAACCUCACUCUGGUGGAGCGUGGCUCAGCUGUGGGCAACGUCCAUCCUGAAUAUAUGGGACGUAUCAAGGUGACUAGUGGCAGCAUUCAGUUGCUCAAUGUCAAUGUGUCAGAUGUUGGCAGCUACACACUCAGUGAUCGUCUAAAUCGCAAAAUCAAGAUCAUCUCUAUGAACUUGGUUGAUCAUCAUGAGGGAGUGAGUGCGGGUCCUUUAAUGAGUCUGCUGAUCUUGCUAGGUAUACCACCCUGUAUGUUCUGUUACUGCAGAAAGAAGACAUGUAGAAAGAACAACCAACCUACUACCAACAACACCACCGUAAACACCACUGUGAAGUAUGACAACCAGAUAAAUCCACCUGGGCCUCCGCCAGGUUAUGCAAAUCCUGCAGCUCCCACAGCGGGCUAUACUCCUGGUUAUACUCCUGUAGGUGAGGGUACUGUUCAUCCUCCUCCAAAUCCCACAUUUCCUCCUCAACAACCGUACAGUGGAUAUCCUGCCACAUCCCCUGCUAUGCCCCCUAACCCUGGCCAUACUCCUGGUUACCCUCCUGUAGGUGAGGGUACUGUUUAUCCUCCUCCCAAUCCUGCAUUUCCUCCUCAACAACCGUACAGUGGAUAUCCUGCCACAUCACCUGCUAUGCCCAUUAACCCUCCCUAUAACCCUGUCUACCCUGCUGCAUCUGGGUUUCCUCCAGCUCAGCCUCCUCAAUGGGGUGGUCCUCCCUGCAACCAACCUGUUCCCGCUGGUCUUGCACCAGUGAUGUAUAAUGCUCCUACCGGCUCUGAGCCAGUUAAAGGGGAAAUACCUCCUUCAACUCCACUACUCGCACCUCCACAGCCUGAGGUGCCACAGCCUCCAGGUCCAGACACUGGCACUAAUAUACUUACCUCCACUGACUCUGCUGUGCAGUUCAAUGUCAGCGUGGGAAAGAACUCAAGCUCUAACUUCCUGUAGAUCCUCCUUUACAAUCUCACAUGCCUGCUAAUUUAACCAUAACUGAUGAACCGUCGGAUUGCCUUUGAAGGGUUCCUUAGAGAUGUUCUUCCUUUGCAAUUGAUGUUUACUGAACAUGAUAAUGAUGCGAUUCUUUUAAGAAUAUGUACUGGACGAGUAAAUAUAAUAUGAAAUGUUUAAGAUAUAUGUAGUUUUGUAGAUGAAGGACAAACGUAAUUAAAUAAGAGCAGCUAGUUGGCUAAUUACCAAGUCAAAAUGCUCCAUUAUAAUCUUCAAUAACCCAGCUCAGGUUACAUGUAUGUAUGUGUAUAUCUCACAUAUAUAUGCAUACACAGUAUAUGUAUGUAUAUUUUUUAAUCCUAUUGAUAGGCAUAUUUAAUUCCUGAUAUCCUACAGUAUACUCUUGUUAGAUCCAAUUACUCUUGGUUAUUUGUUUUGAUACACUGUUUUCGUCAGUUGUUGUUGAAACCUGUACAGGUACUUGUAUGGCAGAUGCUUAUCAUCAACAUCUUAUCAUUUUUGAAAAAGGUUUUUUGUGAGGAGAGGUUUAUUUAGCAUUUUUGGAUGAGUCUCUACUGAUAUAGUAAAGCUGUUCCAAAAUUUUUUCGUUCAUAGGAAUGUUCCAUGAACACAUCAUUCUUUCUAGUUUUUUGUUGGUCUUGUGUGGGAAUUACUUUAUAUCUUUAUAUUAUAACGUUUUUAACAAAAAAUAACUUUUCACUAAUGUUCCACAAUAUUAAAUGUAACCAAAUGGAUAAACAUUAUGAUGCCAUUCUUUAAUUGAUAAUUUAAAAUGUAGGGCCAUUUAAUAUUGUAUGAGGCAAUAACAAACAAUCUUUCCACUAACAUAUCCCAUUUGGUUUUAUUUCUUACUUUCUUAGUGUUUUUUCUUGUAUAGACAUUUCUAUACCAGCCAGUUAUAAAUCUGGCCAUGUUAUCUUUUAUGCAUGUUUAGGCAUUUUGGUGUGUAGGAGUUUAUUAGUGUAGAAGGACAUUUAUCACUAUUGAUAAAAAUGUGUACUGUACAUCGAACAACAUAUCUACCCUGGAGAUAGACUUAUUAUUUAUAUAAUAAGUCUAAUCUGUCUGUCUCCAAUUUGCAGAUGCAAGACAUUUUUAUACAAAACUUGCUUGCUUGCUUGAACUGCUGUAAAAGCCUUUUUACGCCUUGUGCACUCUGUAAAAACAUGGACAUUUUAGCGAAAGAAAUAAAAACAUGAAACAUA